UGCAGCCACAAUCAGGCAACCUUCAAAGCCCUGGGACUCCCAGACGUGGUGUAGGUCCAGGAGCUUCAAAUUUUGGGGGUGGGAUCUAUGGUCCAAAUGUUGGCGGCGGAGCUGAUUCACGAGAGUCUGGUUUCUUAGCUAAAUUAAACACUCUGUCACGUUCACGAAGGCGGAAACAAGAAGCUGAAGAGUUGGCAGCUGAAGCGCGGCAGGCUAUGGAGGACCCGUUACUUCCAGCUCCACUCGACCUCGGUACUGAUGGUUAUCAGCUGGCUGAGGGUGAAGAACGCUCUAUGAUAGAACCUCAGUCAAAAGAACAUCCAUUAGUUCAUGAAUUAUCAUGCUCACUUAUUGAAUGGAUUAAUACUGAACUUGUAGACGACAGAAUUUUAGUACGUGAUCUAGAAGCAGAUUUAUAUGAUGGACAAGUAUUGCAAAAACUAAUUGAGAAAUUAUUAAAUAUUAAAAUUAAUCAUCCAGAAGUAGCUCAGACUGAAAUAGGUCAAAAACAACGUUUAAAAAUUGUAAUUGAUGAAAUUAAUGGUGCUUUAGGCAUAUCACCUGUUCGUGCUGCCCAACUAUGGCCUGUUUCUGCUGUGUAUAAUCGGGAUUUAGUGGCUAUACUACGUUUAUUGGUGGCAUUAGUUCAUAAAUUUUCUCCAACCAUAAUUCUACCACGUAAAGUUCAACUUACUGUUUUAAUAGUUCGGAAAAUCAAUGGUAUCUUACAACAUAGACGUCAAAUUGAACCAGUUACUGAUGUUGGAGAUGAACAAGAUAAUACAGAAACUGAUCAUGAUGCUAUAGGUGCAUUGGUCGAUUGUGCCAUACCAGAACAACUGGCUUCAUUUCAACAAACUUUAAAGACAUUUGUUAAUCGUAAUUUAAAUAAACUGAAUCUACAUGUUACUGACUUGGAAAAUGAAAUGAGUGAUGGUGUCUACUUCAUUUUAUUACUUGGUUUACUUGGCAACUAUUUUGUUCCACUGCAUGCUUAUCACAUCACACCAACAACAGACGCUCAAAAGUUGGCUAAUCUUCAGGUUGCCUUUCAAUUGGCUCACGAUGUUGAAGGUAUUGACUUAGAAUAUAAUCAACCUGAAAGUGUAUUACGUCACGACUUAAAAGCAACAUUACGUUUAUUAUAUACAUUAUAUACUCGAUAUGGUGAUAUUCAAUAAGAGAAAAAGAAUUUAUGUGUGAAUGAAUCUGUAUGCAUCCGUUAACUAGUCAUUUCUUUUUUAUGCUGCAUUAUUAUUUUGUUGCAAGAGGCAAAAUGCAUUUACUUUUCUUGAUUACCGUGUGAUUUUUCUUAAAGAUAAUCCGUAUUCAUCAUUCAGUUUAUAAAUGGUAAUAUUUUUUGUUCAAUUUUUUUCUCUCAUGAACCAGUUUAUAAAUUUUCGGCUUUAUUUGCUUUUAUUAUGGAUUUGACAAAAAGAACAUUAUGAUUAGUUUGUGUUAAUUAGGAGACUGUGUAUAUCAUGUUAUACACCAAUGAAUAUAAACUGAAGUACUGAUAUUAAAACUUAUGCAGUAUUAAGGCUAAAAGGUACAUGAAUGUAAAAUAUUUUGAGUGUAAAAUCAUUGACUGGUGAUGCAACGUUGUAUCUUUUUGUCACUAUCCUCCCAUGUUUUACGUUGUUAGUGUAUAAUAAUAAUAAUAAUAAUAAUAAUAAUAA